AUCGGAAUAAGCUAUUCUUGCAGGCGGCUUGAAAAAAAGAACUAAUUUUAAAUGUCGCUCCCAGCUCGUACAGCAUAUAGGCGUUGCGCUUUCUAAAGAUCUAAAAUAGUUCAGAGCGAAGUGCAGUAGUUUAAUAGAUAGCAUCCAUAAUUUUCAAACCACCGAUGAAGACGAAAGCGGAAAGCCACGAGUGAUAAAAUGUCAUGAAUAGAUAAUCGGAAAAGAGAACGAUAUAGAUAAAAAUCAAAGUGUGCGAUUAUUUGCAGGAAUUCAGUCUAGAAUGUUUAUCCACCUACAAAUAGGUAUGAGGAAAAAUCUAUCGACAUUAUGACUUAUUGGAUACAAUAACUACUGCAGUACAAAUGCAACGCGGUUUCAAUUAAUAACGCCGAUCGAAAAAAUCUACGUAAUAGAAAAAUAGACGCAGCGAGACAGAGACGGCGAUAUGCACUGAAAGCGCUAGUAAAAUAGACAGCCAGAUAACGCAAGAGAGAAAAGCACAGUGCCAUACGACUGCGCCUAUGUCACACACACACACACACAUAUGCUUUUGGGAAGGGAGGGGAGAGCAAACUGCGCGCGAGAAGACAUACAGGCAUACAGCACGCGUCGUCUACUGCUAUAUAGUACAUAUUGUGUCUGUAUGCGUGUACAUACCAGCGCAGCUUUAUAGCGGACGGCUGAAGUCAUCGGUCGGUCGGCUCGGCCCUCUCAAAUUAGUGGUGCGAAAGAUACUUAUGUGACAGGUGCAUCCACGACGGGCGCAUGUGUCAGCUGUGUGUCGUGUGUCUUCGUCGUCCCGGGUUCGGCAACUCAUCAUCCUUUGACCCUUACUCGGCCAUUCAGUUGCACCUUUGCUCAUAGAGGCGAAGCAUCGCGUACCUUUGUUGCCAGAGUUCGACGGAGUCACACGACACAACGAAGACUAGCAGCUUAUAUACUUACUUGGGCACCGCGUCCAGGAUGCUGACUGUUCGCCGUGACCUCGCCGACCUUCGUUGAAUACAUAUAUAUAUAUAUAUAUACAUAUAUAUACAUAUAUAAAAAAUAAGUGAGAGAAUUACAGGCUGCGUCGCUCGUGUUCGUGUAAUAAUAGCUGAAAGUUACCUCUAUGACAAAGAGGGAAAUGGCGAAAGACGAUGGGGACGAUCUUCUGCCUGACAAAGAUGCUGCCAAGGGCUUCUACGCCAAGUACGAGCCCAAAGAGAUCCUCGGCAGGGGGAUCUCUUCUACUGUACGACGAUGUAUAGAAAAAGAAACUGGCAUAGAGUAUGCAGCAAAAAUUAUAGACAUAAGCUGCGAGCCACAUGAUGGCAUCGAUUCUCAUUCUAUGAAGGAUGCUACAAUGCAAGAAGUUCAAAUCUUACGUAGGGUAGCAGGCCAUCCAUACAUCAUUGAACUACAUGAUGUAUUUGAAUCUAACACAUUUAUCUUUUUGAUAUUUGAGUUAUGUAAAAAUGGAGAGCUGUUUGAUUACUUGACAUCUGUUGUUACACUCUCGGAAAAGAAGACUCGCUACAUCAUGAGGCAGGUCUUUGAGGGAGUACAACAUGUUCACAAUCAAGGAAUCGUACAUAGGGAUUUAAAACCAGAAAAUAUUUUACUUGAUGACAAUCUUAAUGUGAAAAUCACAGAUUUUGGUUUUGCUAGGUUUUUGAAACCAGGAGAAAAGCUUUUUGAUCUUUGUGGUACUCCUGGUUAUUUAGCACCUGAAGUUUUGAAGUGCAACAUGUUCGAAAAAUCAGAUGGUUACAGUUUUGAAGUAGACGUAUGGGCUUGUGGUGUUAUCAUGUUUACAUUACUAGUUGGAUGUCCACCUUUUUGGCAUCGUAAACAGAUGGUAAUGCUUAGAAAUAUUAUGGAAGGAAAAUAUUCGUUUACCUCUCCAGAAUGGGCUGACAUAACAGAAGCACCUAAGGAUUUAAUUAGUAAGUUGUUGGUUGUUGAUCCAACAAAAAGAAUUUCUAUAAAAGAAGCAUUAGAACAUUCAUUUUUCCAUACAGUGGAGCUCAAAGCAAAAUCUUUCAACGCAAGAAAAAGAUUUCAACUGGCUAUUCUGUGCGUUCGCGCCGUUAUACGAAUCAAGAGGUUACACUCGACUCCUGAGCCGCUCUCUGUACAAGUUGCUAGUACAGAUCCAUACAGAAUUAAAGUUCUAAGAAAAGUAAUUGACGGAUGUGCUUUCCGAGUCUAUGGUCAUUGGGUAAAGAAAGGAGAAGGCCAAAACCGAGCGGCCUUGUUUGAAAAUACACCUAAGACAGAUUUAAAACAUCUUUACGUCAGUAAUUUGAGUAGAUAGCAGAAUUAAACUCGAUUAUGUGAUUUCUGUUCUGAAAUCUUUCCUAAUAUUAUUAGAACAAUGCUUAGUUCUUAUUUGACAUAAAAACUCACUGAUAAAUAAAAAUUACUUAGCAAUAGCGCUUUGUCCGCAUUGAAGAUUGCAAAAUGCAAUACCACUAUGAAAAUAAUUAUUAUCAAAAUGAGCUAUACAAUUUGUACCCAUAGUCAGGUGCGAUUUAAACUUACUGCACUCAGUGCAUUGAUAACACCAAAAAUAUCAUCGAGGCUAAUUUAUAAAUUCUAAAAUGUCAUAUAUGUUUCGAUAUCAAGUUUAAAAACUAAACUUGAUGAAAUGAAGACUUGAUGAAAUAAGAAUUAAAUACUCCUGUGUGCCAUUUGAAGGUACCAUACAUAAUAGGUUUUUUUUCGUCACGUAAAUGGUAAACGUUUUUUAAAGAUAAAACGAAUAUUGUGCAACUAUGUAUAUACAUAACAUGAAUCGAAUCAAGAAAUCGUAUUUAAAAUUUUUAAUACUUUUAUGUAUGCAUUCAAUUAAAUCUUCAAUUUAAUAUCAAUUUGUUAAAACUAUUUUUAAUCGCAGGUCAUAAUUAAAUAGACUUUUUGUAGAUUCUAUAAAAUUGAAUGCACUUGACAAGGAAUUUAUUAAUGAAUUUGCUAUUGUGAAUCAUAAAGUGAUUUUUUGUUAUUAUAGGCAUAGUUCUACAACUGAUCCAUUUCGUUAUUUAUUGACUAGUUUAAAAAUAUUGUUUCCUCUACAAGCGAGUGUGAUGCCUGUAAGAAAUAAUUAGGAUAUUUUAUUUAUAGCGUGUUUAUAGUAUUUUUGAUUUCUCAUUUACUGGAUAUAUCCCAGUAAAAUUUGUCUAUUUUACGAGUGUAUUUUUGAAAUAACAACAUAUUUUUCAAAAGAUCAGUUAUAUCGUAAUUUUAAAAAAUAAAUACCGUAGUUAGUUAAAUUUUCUAGUAAGCGGUUUGCUCUCUUUUAUAACAAAUCAUUUUGAGUAUGUUUAUGGUGCUAACAUUGUAAAAUUGUAUACUAUAAUAAGGAAUGUGCAAAUUUUUAUGAAUUAUAUUUACAUCGUUUUUUGAGAAGCAAAUAUGUUAUGAGUAAAUCAUUUUUAUUGUGAAUCAAAAUAACUGUUAUGAACUUGUUAUUACACAUUGUGUAAUGUAUAUCAUAAUAAAGUAUUUUUGAGAUUUAAA